AUGAGCGCAUUGGACCUCGAACACUCGGCUAUGGACACAAACCCAGAAGGUGCCUGCCGCAGGCCAACACCUGAAGAUUGGGCCAAGAUGAAGAUUUAUAUUCAUGAAGUCUACAUCAAGAAAAAUAGAUCAAGAAAAGUGUUGAUGCAAAUGAUGAAAAGAAGGGGGUUCGACGCAACACCCAAGAUGUAUGCCGAUCAGUUCAAAAGAUGGGGUGCAGAAUUCAACAAGAACCAGAACUCAAAUGGUACACGACUUGUCUUCAGUAGUGAUACUCCCAGAACACGACCCAGACGUAAAGUUGACCAAGUUGUACCAAGAGCUCAUUUUCCUCACCUACGACCUCGUUUAUGCAUGGACAUCCAAUUGUCCGACGGACAUAGCAGGUACAGGGCUUUUCUAAACUCGACAGAAGUUUAUAUAUAUGGUCUAUUUGACAGUUUCAACCUCUCUGCAAACAUGUUCAACAUCAUUGUCCCUGCGGGCACCACAGAUUAUUCGUCAGUCUGGCAACAGAUAGGUGCUGAGGUAUUCGGCUUCAUAACACUUCUGGAAAGCAACCAAAAUGACGAAGCAUGGAGAACAUACAACAUUAUUGGUGAGAGGCUGAAAAGUAUUGUUGGUGUCGAAAAUGACUAUGGGAUGAUCAUCAAGCUCUGGCCCAUAUGUAUCAGGCUUCUCAAUGCAGCCGUGAUUUACAGAGAUGAUUCGAUCUUGUUCAGAUUCCUUCACUUUAUACGUCGACUGGCAAUUCAACGUUACAAACAAGGCGGCCGAGACCAUCCCAUUCCCAAGCUGCUCACAUGCUUGUGUCAGAUUCCAAUCAGCGAGUUUUCCAAAGCCAUACAGAUGGGCUAUUUGAAGACGAUCCAUUGCCUUGAGAAUCGACUGUCGUUUGGUAACACUCUUGUACUGUCAACAUGGUCCAACUACAUGAACAAGUGUGAUCGUCAAGCGUUGCCUGUCGAUGUUCUCACCUCGCGCUAUUCAACUGUUCUGCAAGCGGCUAGGCAGACAUUCACACCGACGGGAACAAGGACAAUUGAGAUUCUCCACGAUUACAUUUAUGCUGCAUACUACAAUGCUGAGGAUUAUCAGUUGACGUGGAAUCUUGCUUGGGAGACUGUCAAACUAGCUGGGUCUCCAGAACUGAUGGGGGAGCACCCGAUUUGGUGCAAGGCGAUGCAAAGUUAUGCCUUAGCAGUAAAGUCGAUGUACAUGAUUUCUCACGAUACGGGUCCAAGACAUCUAGCGGUUACAGAACUUGAAUUAGCUAUUAAGAGGUUGGAAGGGGGAGACAGAGAAUGUGGAACGAGAGCGCAGAUGUUAAGGGGUUUACUUCACAGAGGCGAGAAAAAUGUGUUAGAAAAACAAUAA